AUCCGGUUCGAGGUGGUUCUAGUACAGCUCGAAGGGCUAAUGGCAAGUUACAGACGACUCUGAAGGUGAAGGCUGAGGUGUACAGCUGACCCACAUCGCUUUUUUUUCAAGCAUUCCCCAAACAGUGAAAGGCUGCGUCGUUAUUUUCAUACGCAUCAGUCCUACAACAUCCACAACAAUGGGAAGGAAAACUAAAUCCAGCUCCGACGUCACCUCAGAGCAGCCACAGAGAAAGUCAACACGGUUGUCAGGGCUACAGAAGUCACAGCCAGAACCUUUGCCAGAAAAGAAAAAGGCACCUCCUAAGAACAAAAAAGCAGCCAAAGCACCAGCAAAGGCCAAGCCUGAGGUCGAGAAGAAAGAAGAGCCCGAGGUCGAGAAGGAAGAGACACCUGCAGAAAACGGAGAAGGGAAAGCCGAGGAGAAGGCUGCAGCAGUAGACGAUGCAAAGGACAAGGCUGAUGAUGAUGAGGAGGAGGACGAGGACGACGAGGAAGAAAAGGAUGCAGAGUAGUUGUGACCCCCCCAAGACUCGCUUGCCAGGGCUCCCUGUACCUCGUUUCUUGUACAAUGCAGAGAAUAUUUUUAUCUACUAUUUUCAUAAGACGGUUAUGUUUUUAGGCAUUUGAUUGCAGAAAUGCAUUUUUAAAAAAGACAACAAAUUCCAUUCAGUUUCAUGGCUUCUCAGUCAUGAUGUUGGGUUAUUUUUCUCUUGUUUCUCUGAUUUUAUUUAGCCUUUUUUAGGUUGUAGUUUUUCUGCAUGACAUGAAGUUGUGCCUAUAUCAGGAAUUAAAUGUUCAACUUCGGGGGAGUUUACCUGAAACAUCCCCCAGGCGUCUUGAGGGAGUUUUGUAACCUGUACUGUUUGGAAUUUAAUACAUUGUAAUACGUGUUUGAUAGGAAAUAGGCUGAUUGAAAGUUUGAGCUGUGAUCAAGGCAGAGUCCUCUUCACGAUGUUCACUUUAGUCACGUUCACUAGUACUGGACAUGUUUUUGUUUUUAUUUGCUGUCAGUGAUGGUACAUUUGUGGAUGAUUAGAUGAAUCCAUACUCUCUGUGCUCAAAACAAAACGUAUCACUCAUGGUGGUUUAUCUUUAGUUUCUUUUCUUUUUUUGGAUUACUGUAUUUUCCCCUCUGUCUGCAAAAUGUAACGCGCAUAUUUGUCAAUAUACACAUUGCGGUUUUGGGAUUUCUCUUCCAGUGUACAGUUUCAUCAAUUUUUAAAAAAAGAAGAAAAAAAGAAAAAAUGUUUUUUGUUAUGAAUAUUAAAAGUGGGAAUUCCUCUGAAAUGUGUUUAGCAACAAUUUAAUUACACUCAAAUGUUUUCGCAAACUCGGAUCAAUCAUUGCUGCUUUUUUCCACUUUAAUUGUGUGAGUGAUAACUGACAAGCAGUUGAGUCGUUUCAUCGGUUCUACUUGAGCACAACUCCUAGUUCUGUCUCAACAUGCAAUGUGUUUGGCCAAAAAGGUGUGUGUGUGUGUGAUGCUAAUGACCCAUUUUCUGUUUACUUCAUGAGAGGACUAUUAAAACACUGUCCGUAAUAUAAGGAUAAUAAUGUAUAUAGUAUGUUAAACUUUGUUGCAAUGGGGAUUGGACUUCACCAAAAAACAUUCCUGCAGCUCUUAAAUUACAAGUCUACAGGGCUUUGAGUAUGCACGGUGUAAAUAAAUAAAGUAAACAACUUCUAGGCCUCUGAGCAGUUUCCCAUUUAGAAAUUUCUUUAUUUGCACAACUAAAUAACUAACAAUUAUCAAAUUUAAGGCAGAGAGAGAAGCCCACUAGGUUUAUUUGAAGCCUCCACUUGUAUAAUAUAAUAACCGGGUUGUGUAACAUUGACCUGAUAGAACUACAAGUGCGUCAGUGAAAUGGAUAUAAUAAAUAUAUGAUUUAUAUAUAUAUAUCACAUUUCAAACAAAGACAUUGGCAAGUUGAAUAAGUGAAUCUGAAUUGAUUUUUAAGUGAUCAAACAUAUUCUCUUCACCUGAAAGUACACACAUGUGAGAAGUAUUGAUGUCAAUAGUAGGAAUGUUCUGUUUCUGAAAUAGAGGAGCAGAUUAAAUGUCUGACUAAUUUGGUUGCAAUCCUAAACUGUCUCUUGAGGACCUGAAUGUGAAAAGUAGUAGGAAAGUUAUUUGCCCAGGAUAUAAAUUGUAAUAAAAAAUAAAGAGACCGUUUGUAGAAACAAAA